AGAUGCCUAUUUCUGGGUCCCCAUGAUAUUACGUUUCCUGUGACAUCAUGCGCACGCCGCAUGUUCAAAAGAAAAACGAUCUACGUGAAAAAAGCCACAUGCCGCACAGUCAUACGCGCGGAAUGAUUAGGACUCGCGCUUUUGCUCGUGGACAGUAGGAAGCCGCUUCAGAUAGGGUAGCGUGAGCUUUUCGGGAUCAGCCAGGAGCUGCAUCACGUGAACAGACCGGAGGCUCAUUUCGCCUCGCGCCGCCAUACUGUCUGUGUUUUCUUCCAUUUCGCAUUUUUAUUGCAACAUUUUACUCCCCCGCGGAGGCCAGCUAGAGGAGAAUGACUGGCAAGAGUCAGACCAGCAACGUGACCAACAAGAAUGACCCGCGCUCCAUUAACUCCCGCGUGUUCAUCGGGAACCUCAACACGGCCAUCGUCACCAAGAGCGACAUCGAAGUCAUCUUCGCCAAGUACGGCCGCAUCGUGGGCUGCUCCGUGCACAAGGGCUACGCCUUCGUGCAGUACCUGAGCGAGCGGACCGCCCGCGCCGCCGUGGGCGGUGAGAACGCACGCAUUAUCGCCGGACAGCCACUGGAUAUUAACAUGGCUGGGGAGCCAAAGCUCUAUCGACCAAAACCUGGGUCAAAGCGGCCUCUCUCUGCUAUCUACAGCGGGUACGAGUUAGACUAUGACUAUUACAGAGACGAUUUCUACACUCGGGUGUUUGACUACCCUGGACGUGUGCCCCCUCCUCGAGCUCUCGUCCCUCUGAAGCGAUCGAGAUUGAUGACCCCUCCCACUCGUCGUGGAAAGCCCUCCCUCCCAACAAGACACGCCUCCUCUCGGCCUCCUGGUCCCAGCCCGCUCUCGUGUGGCCCAAAAUUGAAGUCAGAGCAGCUGCAGGUGAUCAGGCGCGAGCUGGGUCAGGUGAAGCUGAAGGUGGAUUCACUGCUGGGUCGGCUAGAGCGCAUUGAGAGGCAGCAGCGCCUGGACACAGAAGUACAGAGGAAGUAUGAGGAGAGUUGUGAUUGGCUGCGUGAGGAGUGUGUGUCAGAGCGAGCAGAACAUUCUGGAGAGGAAGCAUGUGAAGGGGAGGAACCAGAGGUGGGGGAGAUGACAGAUGGAGGAGAGGAAGACUAUGAUGAAGAGGCCAGCAAUGACCCGAUGGAGAAUCAUGUGUCAGAUGUUGACAACUAAGCAAAGGCUACGACAGAGGACACAGCAGCAUCCAGAGACACCAAAGGAUCUUGGGAAGAGGAAGUGACAUCACACUGUGAGGAAUGGAAGACCACCAGCUCUCACACAGACAGAAUACCCAGUCCAUUCUAAUGAUGGUCAUUUCACACAUACACAGAGACACAGAAACAUACACACACAUGGAAAUGUGUAGGUGUCUUUGUCAUUCUGUGUUUGUAUGUGCUAUGUAUACAUGCUGCAUUUUGUUUUAAUUUGUCCAUAUAAUAUGUCUUGUAAAUACUUAGGCACUUUAAUAGUUAUUUACUAACAUUUAAAAAACCUGAACAACAGCAACAGAAAGUGAAUACAGUGCUUGGCUGUAUUGGUCUGUUUUGGCAGUUAAAGCAUUGUUUGCCAAACCAUGACCUUCCUGUCUUUACAGUACUACCCUGCAGAGAAUACUGCCAAGUGUGUGUGUGUGUGUGUGUGUGUGUGUGUGUGUGUGUGUAUGUGUGUGUGUGUGCAUAUGUUUGUCUGUCUGUAAACUGCCAUUUUGAGCCAACUUACCUUCUUCAUAUGCAUACAGACUCUUUCUCCCUCUCCUUGUCUCUCUGUCUUGUGCACAUAUUCUCUCUCUUUCACACACACACACACACUCACACACACACACAGGAGUAUGGUGGUGUAUGCGUGCUAUUUGAUUUCACUUGACUGUUCGUGUACUCCUCUUAAUCUAAGAUCAAAAUGCAAAAUUACCUUCAUUUUACGUUUAACUUAAACACCUUAGCCACACAAACUCGUUUUUAAACAGUAUGUUGUCAGUGACACUGGAACAUCUUCUGAUUGUAGAGGAUUUCUGUGCAGUCAUUACUACCUAGUGAUUUUAAGGUCAUAUAACUUACAGCAUCAUAUGACUGUCUUCACUUGCAUCCGGAGAUUCUCCAGGAAGUGAAUAGGAUUUGAGUGAGCCGAUGAGCUGAUUGGUUGUGAUAUAUGAAGGGAGAUAUGUCUGGUGGCUGCCUGUGUCUGCAAAAUAAUGUGGUUACAGUUCAACUGAACAGCUGCCGCUUGUCUCAUACUUCAUGAAUAAACACUCCAUGCUCUAUUUUUGUAUGCAGGCUAGAUGGGAGGGAAUGCGAACAGCGCUUGAUUGAGGAUGUGUGUGAAUAGAAUUUGUCUUUAAGUGACAGCUCCUAAUCCCCGUAAUUGAUAUCUAAAUUGAGGUGGAAACAGGGUUAGCAUCCGUUGAAGAAACACAUUCAGGAGGUGAAACAUUCAGGAUGUUUAGGCUCCUAUGUCGUCACUGUAGACUGCAGUUGUCAGGAGAAUGAUGUCUGUCUUUUGGCUCUGGAUCUCAGUUCUCUUUUUUUGAAAGAAACCAUACACAGAUUCAAAAUAAUUAGGGUAUUAUCACAAAGGUUUGGCUUCAUUUGUGUGUAUUUUGAGAAUGGAGGCAUUGGACUCAUGAAAUAGACUUAAAGAAGUAAGGAAAAUUAACAAAACAAAAAAAAUAAAGUUGUAUAGAAAUGUAAACUUUUUGUAAAGCUAUUUUUAUGACGAGCAUGUUAAUUGUUCAAAUGUAUAUUAUUUUGUUUCAAUUGUUUCAACAGUUGUAUGGCUGUAGGCUGUAUUGCUUAGAAAAAAAUGAAUAAAGUCACCAUAGGAAUUAA